AUGCCAUUCAAGUCAGAUACACCAGACGUGGUCAUUCCCAACACAGACCUGGUGUCCUUCGUUCUCGACCAAGCAGCUACAGGCGAUAUCGACAAGCGCAUUUUUGUUGAUGCACUCGACACAACACGCGCAUACACUCUCAGGACACUCCGGGAAUGCGCCAUGUCCUUUGCAGCUGGUCUGCAAACUCUCCUCAAAUUCCAAAAGGGAGAUGUUCUUGCCAUCUUUAGCGCCAACUCGAUCGAGUAUCCUGUCGUUGUCUUUGGCACCUUUUUGGCUGGUGGCACCGUCUCACUCGUCAACCCAGCAUACAAGGCCGGCGAGGUGGUGCACCAGCUGCGCGACUCGAAAACAAAAGUCUUCUUCACCACACCAGACUUGCUAGCAACAGCAACUGAGGCUUGUGCGUCUGUUGGCCUGUCAAAUGACCGCAUCCUGGUGUCGUCGGAUGAUGCAGAUGCUCCACACUCCUGGCAACGCGCUUUUGCCCAAGCAACCAGCUUGACACGCGUACCCUUGGCUUCAACAGACUUGGCAUUCAUCCAAUACAGCUCUGGCACCACAGGCUUGAGCAAAGGCGUUCGGCUCUCGCAAGGCAAUCUUAUUGCCAACUUGUGUCAGUGGGAUGCUGCCGAGACUUACCUCUCCAGCAAGGACUCCCUCAUCUUAGUCCUGCCCUUCAGCCAUAUUUAUGCACUGCAUACGCUCGUCAUGGGCCCUAUUCGUCGGCAGAUGACAUCCUUUGUGCUGCCGCGCUACGAUCCCAAACGAUUCUUGGAGCUGGUUGAUACACAUGGCAUCACCGCUUCAUUCAUUGUCCCGCCUAUUGUAAAGGCCUUGCUGCAGGCCGACACGACCAAGUACAACCUUUCGAGCCUCAAGUUUUUAUGCAGUGGUGCGGCACCCCUUUCGCCAUCCCUUGCGAACCAGGUGUGUGCAACGCUGAAUAUCACUAUUUCGCAAGGAUUUGGGCUGACGGAGACAUCACCAGUCUUGGCGUAUGCGCGGUUCACUGGUGAACCAGGCAAGCAGUACACUGGCUCCGUUGGCAGGUUGUUACCCAACAUUGAGCUCAAGAUUGUGAAUGCCGCUGGAGAUGAGGUGGCUGCGGGAGAAGAAGGCGAGCUGCUCGUCAAGGGACCCAAUGUCAUGCAAGGCUACCUCAACAAUCCAACCGCCGAUGCAAAUGCUUUCACAGACGACGGCUUCUUCAAGACGGGUGACUUGGGAUAUCUCAGCGAUGAUGGGCAAAUCUUCCUGGUUGAUCGUAUCAAGGAGCUCAUCAAGUACAAGGGCUUCCAAGUCGCGCCUGUGGAGCUGGAAAAUAUCCUCAUUCAGCAUCCGCGAGUCCUGGACGUUGCUGUUAUUGGUCGAGAUUGCCAAGAGGAAGUCACUGAAUUGCCUACGGCCUUUGUUGUCCUAAGACCCCAAGCAGCACUGCCAAGCGGCUGGGAGCUGAUUAGCUUUGUUGGCGACCAAGUUGCGGGAUACAAGAGACUGCGGGGCGGUGUUGUGUACUGCGAUAGUAUCCCAAGGCUACCUGCUGGCAAGAUUCUGCGGCGGUUGCUCAAGGCUUCUAGCUUUCAAGCAGUCAUGUAG